UUAUUUCAAACACUUGUAACUUGUUAUUUCUUUUGUUGAUCUUCCCACUAAAUCCUCUCACCAUGGAUGAUGAUGUAGCUGCCCUGGUUGUGGACAAUGGGUCCGGUAUGGUAAAGGCCGGCUUUGCCGGAGAUGAUGCUCCCCGUGCCGUCUUCCCUUCCAUCGUUGGACGACCCAGACAUCAAGGUGUCAUGGUUGGUAUGGGACAGAAGGACUCCUACGUUGGAGACGAGGCCCAGAGCAAGAGAGGCAUCCUCACCCUUAAGUACCCCAUCGAGCACGGAAUUGUCACUAACUGGGAUGAUAUGGAGAAGAUCUGGCAUCACACCUUCUACAACGAGCUCCGUGUUGCUCCAGAGGAACACCCCGUCCUUCUGACCGAGGCUCCCCUCAACCCUAAGGCCAACAGAGAAAAGAUGACCCAGAUCAUGUUCGAGACCUUCAACACCCCUGCCAUGUACGUCGCUAUCCAGGCUGUUCUUUCCCUGUACGCUUCUGGUAGAACCACUGGUAUCGUCCUGGAUUCCGGAGAUGGUGUUUCUCACACAGUCCCUAUCUAUGAAGGUUAUGCCCUCCCUCACGCUAUCAUCCGUCUGGAUCUUGCUGGACGUGAUCUCACCGACUACCUCAUGAAGAUCCUGACUGAGAGAGGUUAUGCUUUCACCACCACUGCCGAGAGAGAAAUCGUCAGAGACAUCAAAGAGAAACUCUGCUAUGUCGCCAUCGACUUCGACCAAGAAAUGGCAACUGCUGCCAGUUCCAGCUCCCUCGAGAAGUCUUACGAACUCCCCGAUGGACAAGUUAUAACCAUUGGAAACGAGAGGUUCAGGUGCCCAGAAACCCUCUUCAAACCCUCCUUCAUUGGUAUGGAGUCUGCCGGUAUCAACGAGACUACCUACAAUUCCAUCAUGAAGUGUGAUGUCGACAUCAGAAAGGAUCUGUACGCCAACACUGUCCUUUCCGGAGGUUCGACAAUGUUCCCUGGUAUCGCUGACAGAAUGCAGAAGGAGAUCACCGCCCUAGCUCCUCCGACCAUGAAGAUCAAAAUCAUUGCUCCUCCUGAGAGGAAAUAUUCCGUAUGGAUUGGAGGAUCUAUUCUUGCUUCUCUGUCCACCUUCCAACAGAUGUGGAUUUCCAAACAGGAAUACGAAGAAUCUGGCCCAAGUGUUGUCCAUAGGAAAUGCUUCUAGGCUGAAGAGUCAGCAAAAAGAACAAUAGUUGGACAGUUUGAAUUUUUGGGUGAAUAUUUCAUUCCUUAGCUUUGAUGAUAUGGUUGUAUUGUGUUUUAUAAAUUUGUACUUUCAAUGAAUAAUAAUUAGCAUUUUCAAAAGAUAUUUUGAUUGUCAAA